AUGGCGAAACUGUCCGACGCCGUCAAGGCGCUCAUCAAUGCCAGCCAUGCGAAGCCUGGCUACACUCGCGCCUCGGCACAGGUCCAGCCGGCGUUGGCGAGAUUCGCUGGCGAUGCGAAGGAGAAAAAGGUCGGGCUGCCGGCCUGGGUGACCAUGUCGACAGCCGUGUCGGCCACCAUGAACUGCCCCGAGGCCAUGAACCAGAUCUUCCACCUCGCGAACUCGACAAGCCCACAGCGCACGCCCGCCCAGAACGCCGAGCUGAUUCGCGAAGUCGGUCUGAAGUGCAUAUCCUUCAACGGCAUCCCGCGCACCAUCAACACCCUCAACGCCUUCUACAGCAGCCUGCCGUCCGACGUGGCCGCGGCGCUCUCCAAGACGCCCACACGCGAGCUCACGCCUGACAACCUCGAGACGCGGAAUAAGGACGGCCUCGCGCUCUGGGACAGCGUCUACCUCGGCUUCGAGCGCAAGCUGCUCGAUAAACUGGCGCAGUCGCACCCGGACUUGCCGGUCCACAUCAUCAACGGACACUACUCGAACCUGCUGUCGAACCCGCGCGACCAGAACAAGGAAGAGAAGGUCGGCAGGGUGCUGACUUCGCUGGUGGCGAUCGCUUGUCUGCGCUCGCAGACGGGCGUCGGCCCGCAGGUUGUAUCGCAUAUCUUUGGCCUGCGCAAGGCAUAUGAGAACGGGGAUGCGAGUGCAAAGGGCGAGCAGCCCGUCGAGGGUGGCGAAUGGCUCGCUGGCGAAGAUGGCAACAUGUGGAUGCUGGAGAAUGUGGACAACCUGGUUGGCGUCAUUGGUGGUAGUCAAGGCACAACAUUUGCGCCCGGGAUGCGGGCCAAGUUAUAG